GCGGCGGAUUCAAACGGAAGAUGAAAGAUGGCCGCGGAGAAAGACACCGAUGUAAAUAAACGAGACAGAAGGGGCACGGUGUGCAAUGUUGUGAUCAGUCAGGAGUCGGAAACGGGCGGCAGUGGUGACGGCCGGCCGCCCAUCAUCUUCAACCCUGACUUCUUCGUGGAGAAGCUGCGUCACGAGCGGCCCGAGGCCUUCACCGAGCUGGUGCUGAGCAACAUCACGCAGCUCAUCCACCUCCCAGGGGCCGAAUUCUCACAGCUACUAGACGAGGAGCCCAAGACGCCCAACGCCACUGCAGCCGGAGGCUUCUUCCGCUCUUUCAACUUCCUCAAACGCAAAGACAAAGGUGUUGUGUUCGGCAUGCCUCUCACAGAGGAAGGAAUAGCUCAGAUUUAUCAACUCAUCGUGUUCCUCAGCAAAAAUCUGCAUGUGGAGGGUCUGUUUCGGGUUCCUGGUAACAGCCUGAGACAGCAGACGCUGAGAGAGCAGCUCAACAGCGGCGCCGACAUCGCCUUCUCCUCCGGUGACUUCCAUCCCAACGAUGUGGCCACGCUCCUCAAGAGCUUCCUGGGAGAGCUGCCCGAGCCCCUGCUGACCCAGCGGCACCUGCACGCUCACCUGAAGAUCACAAAGCUCAGCCUGUUCGACGAUCACGGCAGUAAGACGAGUCUGCCGGAUAAAGAGCGUCAGAUCGAGGCGCUGCAGCUGCUGCUGAUGCUGCUGCCCACCGCUAACCGAAGCCUGCUCAAGCUGCUGCUGGACCUGCUCUACCACACUGCCAAACAACAGCACAAGAACAGGAUGUCUGCGCACAACCUCGCGCUCAUGUUCGCCCCCCACGUCAUCUGGCCCAACAACAUGAAUGCCACUGACCUUCAGGAGAACCUGAAGAAACUGAACAGCGGCAUGGCGUUUCUCAUCAAACACUCACAGAAGAUCUUUCGGGCACCGGUGUAUCUGAGGGAACAUGCGAGACUUCAGUUCGCAGACACCAGCAUGAUUCACUCCAAGGAUGAUCUGGAGCUGCUGUCAGUCAGCGGUUCUCCGUUCAUGUCGGCGUGUAAGAGGAGCGCAGCACGAGUGCGGUCAGACUCGGACAGUCACACUGAAGAGGCGCUCCGAGAGCUCUAUCGACACGUCACCCAUCACAUGCCAAACUCCGCCAAGAAGAAAAAACUCAUCCGACAGCUUGGCAAGCAGUCGACUCCUGGCACUCCUGUGAAUGAGAACACGACUCCUACCAGUAAAAAACACAUGCGCUCGCGCUCCUUCGGUGGGCUUAUCAAGAAGAAGGUUUUGGGGAGCCAGCCUGCCGCAGACAGGAGGGGGAAGGAGAACAUCAGCUGUGAUCCAGUGAGCUGAAUGCCCUCAGCACCGGGUUCAGUGCCUUAUAUGUCUAUAUUGUGAAUUCUGCCCGAAUAGAAGACUUCACUUCACUUCACUCUAGACGACCAGAGGAG